ACCACACUGUCCCUUAAUAGGCUUCAGAUUUUCCCUUUGUAUUUAACAUUUGGUCGUGUCGUCUGCAGCCACAUUCUCGCUCAGGAUGGCCUCACAUUUCAGACCCUUCUUCCACAUUACUGUCUUUUUAUUGUGUUUCACGAUGGGCAGAAGUCACAUUUCCUGCAGAAAUGAAGCCGACGAACCUGUUGACUGGUUUAUUAUCUACAAACUGCCAAAGUUUAAGAUAGGAGAGGUUGGCAGUGGAGUGGACUACAUGUACCUGGAUUCAGCAGGUGGGGGUUGGCAGAGGAGUACAUUUAUGGUUAACACGACCCAAGGAGGAGCCCUGGUCAACACUCUGAAUCAGCUGUACAAGGGAAAGGCCUACAUGUCCAACAGCUCUGUUUACGCACUCUACAAUGAUGGCGCACCAGAGCUGAAAUAUAUCCACACUUAUGGACACAGCAAAGGGGUUCUGCUCUUUGACCGCUCUCAAGGUUUCUGGCUGUCCCACUCCAUCCCCCAUUUCCCUUCCUUCCCUGAGCGAGGCUACCAGUACCCCUCCUCUGGCAAACGAAACGGCCAAACUGCCCUGUGCAUGACCUACCCGUAUGCGCAGUUUCUCAGUAUAGCACAGCAGCUGGCCUUCGUUUACCCACGUUUCUACAACUGCUCCGUCCCCUCAGCGUUCUCGGCUGACCUACCGCAGCUUGUCCAGCUGUGUAAGGGCUCCAAAUUGCCACUGACCUCAGACAGAGGAGUUAAGCCCCUUUUUUCUCUCAGUGGGGAUAAAUUUGUGAGCUUUAUGAAAUCGGAGCUUUUUGUGGAUGAUAUCUACAACGCCUGGGUGGCGCAGGCCCUGGACACCGAUCUUCUGGUGGAGACUUGGCAGAGGCAAGGCCGUGAGCUGCCCUCCAACUGCUCCCUGCAAAAGCACACGAUGAACAUCAAAAGGAUUCAGCUUCCUCCAUCAGUCCAGUUCGAGUCGCGCUAUGACCACUCAAAGUGGUGCGUGUCGCCAGUUGACAGGGUGACCUGCCUGGGGGAUCUGAACAGGGUCAAGGCUCAGAUGCUUCGUGCAGGGGGGCUGAUCUGCUCCUACAACCCAGUGAUUUACAAAGCCUUCAGAAAGGCAGUGAACUGGUACAUUAGCUGCUAAACAAGGCUGAAUGAAUUUGAUUGAGUUUGAUCAUUUGUGUUUUAAAAAUCUGCCUUGUAACCCUCUAUGAAGUUUUAUCUAACAAAUGGUCCUACUUUUCCCUUAGAGGUAUUUUAAUCAAAGUUAAACUCAUAACCCUUCACAAUUAUUAGGAAACCUGGAGCUUUGUACAACAGCCUUUAAAAUAGUUAUGGGGAUUUCAAUAUAAAUAUGUUCAAAUCACGGUAGUCAGUGCGACUGAGAUUUGUUGGAUACAGUUUAAUUGAUCAGUAUGAUUACCAAGAAGGCUUUUUUGUGGCCUAGUCAAAGGCCAUGUUUUAGCGAAACACUUCUGUGCACUGCGACCUAUAGAAAGCGUUGCUUGCUUUCAGCAAUUCUUGUUUAUAGCUGUUACCAUCAACAGUGGUCAUUGCUUUUUCACAUAAUUUGGUUUAGAUAGCAAGGCAGGGCAAGGUAAGGCAAAUUUAUUUGUAUGGCACAAUUCAGUACAAAGAAAAUGCAAAGUGCUUUUUAGAUGGCUUUUUUCUUACUAUGAUACUAAAUAUACUAAAUUGUUACUAUCAUUUAAAAAAAAUCACAAUUUAAAAAGCUUUUUUUUAGGUAUUUACUCAGGUUUUCUUUGUCUGAUAUUGAAAUGUUUACAAUAAUCCCACACUUCAAUAUGAAAAUGUAUCCAUAAAAAAUAUAAAACUGUAAGAAAAAAUUAAUGUUUUAAAGUACCGUAAAAAAAAAAAACUGAGAAAAUGUAAAGCAUCAUGUGUUUUUCAAUUAAAAUCCAGUUUGUAUAAUUAAUUUUGCAAUUAAACAGCACCUUCUAGUGGUGAGACUGGUGGAAUGUGGUUAAAACUUAAA